AUGGCGUCGGAGGACGUGGUGGGUAAGAGCAGGGGCGACACGGCCGUCACCACCAUCGUCAACCUGGCGGAGGAGGCCAAGCUCGCGCGCGAGGGCGUCAAGGCGCCCGGCUACCAGAUCCUCACCAUCUGCAAGUCGCUCGUCGCCGGUGGCGUCGCGGGAGGAGUGUCACGUACUGCUGUUGCUCCGCUCGAACGAUUGAAAAUUUUGCUUCAGGUUCAAAAUCCACAUAGCAUCAAGUACAACGGUACAGUUCAGGGUCUCAAGUAUAUCUGGAGAACUGAGGGCCUCCGUGGACUUUUCAAGGGUAAUGGUACCAAUUGUGCAAGGAUCGUUCCAAAUUCUGCCGUGAAGUUUUUUAGCUACGAGCAGGCGUCAAAGGGCAUUCUGUGGGCCUACCGUCAACAGACUGGGGAAGAGGAUGCUCAGCUUACUCCACUCUUGCGCCUUGGAGCUGGAGCCUGUGCUGGUAUCAUAGCCAUGUCUGCUACUUACCCAAUGGAUAUGGUUAGGGGUAGGAUCACUGUUCAGACAGACAAGUCUCCCUACCAGUACCGUGGUAUGUUUCAUGCACUGGGUACAGUCUACCGUGAAGAAGGCUUUCGUGCUUUAUACAGAGGGUGGCUUCCAUCUGUAAUCGGAGUUGUUCCGUACGUUGGCCUCAACUUUGCUGUAUAUGAGUCCCUCAAAGACUGGCUACUCCAGACAAAUCCAUUUGGCCUUGCAAAUGACAACGAGCUGCAUGUGGGUACAAGGCUUGGGUGUGGAGCUGUGGCUGGGACUAUUGGCCAGACUGUUGCAUACCCUCUUGAUGUCAUCAGGAGAAGAAUGCAGAUGGUUGGUUGGAACCAUGCCGACUCUAUUAUUACUGGAAAAGGCAAAGAAGCACUCCAGUACAAUGGCAUGAUCGAUGCAUUCAGGAAGACUGUUCGUCAUGAAGGCGUUGGUGCUCUGUACAAGGGCCUUGUUCCGAAUUCAGUCAAGGUGGUGCCCUCAAUUGCCAUUGCAUUUGUCACUUACGAGGUUGUGAAGGAUGUGCUAGGAGUAGAGAUGAGGAUAUCAGACUAA